AUGCUUGAAAUCUCAAUAUUUGAACUGAGAAACACAGUAACAGAACUGGAAAAAAGACUUAGCAGUGUUGAAGAUGAAGGUAAUGAAUGGAAAACCAGAUAUGAGACGCAAGUAGAAUUGAACAAACAGCUGGAAAGGCAAAUUAAUAUUCUUCAAAAGAAAAUGGAGAUUAUUCGUGGCAAUCCAGCAGAUAAAUUGUCCAUUGUUCGCACCUUUGAUCAAAUGCCUGUGGGUUCCUUAAAGGAGGUUCUUAAACAACUAGAAGAAGAGAAGAAACGUCUCCAGAAUCAGCUAAAAAACUAUGAACUUAGACUGGAACAAGAAGCAAAGGCUUAUCACAAAGCUAAUGAUGAGCGGCGUUCGUACCUCUCAGAGAUCUUGCAGACCUCAGCUGCACUUAAAAUUGUUGAAAGGCAAAAACCAGAUGCUCUGACAGGCAAGGGAGAAAACCAGAUACUGAGAGGGAGAUACUGUGUUCCAGGAAACCCGACGAUGGUUAAUCCCCAAAAAGGAUCAAUUAAAAAGACUGUAGGAGUGAAGAAGCUUCCAAAACUAAAGCGCUGA